GACUAUAUUUGCCCACGCUGUGAAUCUGGCUUUAUUGAAGAACUUCCUGAAGAGCCAAGGAACGCUGACAAUGAGACCAGCUCUGCUACGUCCGCCAGUGAUCAGAGCCGGCAUCCUUUUGAGAACGUGGAUCAGCACUUAUUCACCUUGCCCCAGGGCUACGGCCAGUUUGCCUUCGGGAUCUUUGAUGACAGCUUCGAGUUUCCGUUCGGGUCCAACGUGCAGUCGGAAGACAACCGGGACUCUGAGAACCGGAGGGAGCGAGAGCAUCAGUCUCGGCACCGAUACGGUGCGAGGCAGCCCCGAGCCCGUCUGGCCACGCGCCGUGCCACUGGCAGGCACGAGGGAGUGCCCACGCUCGAGGGAAUUAUCCAGCAGCUGGUCAAUGGAAUUAUUGCACCUACAACAAUACCAAACCUGGGACUGGGUCCUUGGGGAGUCUUGCAUUCAAACCCAAUGGACUACGCGUGGGGUGCCAACGGCUUGGAUGCAAUUAUUACACAGUUACUAAAUCAGUUUGAAAACACUGGACCGCCGCCAGCAGACAAAGAAAAGAUCCAGGCCCUCCCCACCGUACAAAUCGCACAGGAACACGUAGAUUCUGGGUUAGAGUGUCCUGUCUGUAAAGAAGACUACACAGUCGGUGAGAACGUCCGGCAGUUACCUUGCAAUCACCUCUUCCACAACGGCUGUAUAGUCCCCUGGCUGGAGCAGCACGACACGUGUCCUGUGUGCCGGAAAAGCUUAAGUGGACAAAACACUGCCACAAACCCCCCAGGACUGACGGGGAUGAACUUCUCAUCAUCCUCCUCCUCCUCUUCCUCCAGCUCACCAAGUAACGAAAACUCAUCGAACAACUCAUGAAUCUUAAUCCACCCCCUGUCCCUGGGGCCCUCUCCACCGUCCCCCCUCCCUCCCCUGCCAACGUAAGCAGCGACCGGGGCUUCCAGAGCAGAGCGAGGGGAGGGUGGCGAGGGGGAAGCAGUGCCCCCAGGAUUCCCUUUUGAGUUCUGAAGACACGGAGACUCCGGGUCCUUCAGAGAUGAGAAGCCUCCGGUUCUGUGAUGGGGGAAAGAGCUCUGUCUGUUAAUAAAAACAUCCAUUUGCCGCGUGGACUUUUGACCGUUGCAGUGAAAAGCUGCUGCGCCCACAGGUGGGAAGCGCGAGGUGCUGAGCUGGUGGUUGCAAUUCUGAAUGGAAAGGUGGUUUGUAUGGUUUUGGAUUUGAGAUUCCUUUAUUU